GUUCCUGGAUCGGGGAAAAGAAGGAAAUCGUUGACGACUAUGAGGUAGCGAAGGAGAAAAUAAAAAAGGAGAAAAGAAAAGAUUUGCUUACCUGGUAGAAGCUAGACUCCAGCGAUGGUGUUCUCGAGCAUUAUCCAGCAGCAGCUCCUACAGCAGCAGCAGCAGCAAUCCCAGGAGUUCCUCCGGGAGAAGAAGUUGGAUCUAAAUGCACCCCUCAUGUCGAUCCGGAGGCACCACCUGGAGGCAUCAUCGUCAGACGACGAGCAAAUCCAGCAGCAGCAGCAGCAAUCUCACCACCAGCAUCAGCUCCUCCAGCAGCAGCAGCAAAGGUGGGGAUUGAUGAACCGAAGGAGUGAAUUCUGCGACAGCCCCCAGGUGAGUAAAGAGGACGACGAGGACGAGGGCGCUUGCUGGGGAUCGCUGAGGAGUCCUGGCGCGGUGCCGUUUGUGUGGGAGAGGACGCCCGGACGGCCUAAGUUCGAGCCUCCCGCUGCCAACACCGACUUUGCUGCCGCUGCUCGAAACUCAUGCUCCUCGCCUUCACUGCCCCCGGGAAGAACAGCCAUCACCUGGACCCCUGCUCGUCCCGCCACCACGGAUUCAUAUCGCCACCACCGCCACCACCACCACCACCACCACCACCACCAACAGGAGCAGCAGAGGAAACACUCUGUAGCCGAUGUGAAAGCUCAGCCGCUGCGGCAGUCGAGGCAGAGGAAAAAGUCGCCACCACCACCACCGGAUUUGCGCAAGGAUUCGCCGCCUCGCGGCAAGCAAAGGCAGCAGCUUGGGGAUCUCUUCAAGAGCAAAGGCGUCCCGUCUUCCACCUGUGAGUCGGACGAGCAGCUAGUUCAGGUAGACGAUGCAUUGUCCUCCGACGCUCGGCAAAGUGAAAGCUUGACGCUAGAUCCACCAGCGUAUCGCAAGUCGCCCACCAAUCUCUCGAGCGACGACCCGGCGGCUCGGGAUUUCAUACUCCGCAGGUUCCUGCCUGCUGCCAAGGCCAUGGCCGACGAGUCCGCCUCGUCCACGCCCUUCGCCUCGCCGCUGGUUUCCUCCUUCUCUCCCAAGCCGCGCGGUAACAAUUCCCAGCAGGCCAACUUGGCCAAGUUGAGUAGUCCUCACAGUACCAGCAGCCCCCGGAACCAAGUCGCGGCGAGUGUGGAGAGGAUCCAAACGUAUCAGUACAAGUUCGCCAGUAGCAUCCCUCGCAGCUCCGACAAGGCCGCCGCCGCCGCCGCCGUCACCACCACCACCACCACCGAGCAUGACGACUUCUUCGCGCUGAAAGCUUGCGGCUUCUUCUCGUUCGCGCUCCGGCACCUCCGUCCCCAGUAUCCGUCGUCCAGACUGAGACGCUGCAGCGACAGGGCCCGUAACCGGUUCGCCACGGACGACUUCCACACGAGCAUCUUUGUGAAGAAGGUGAACGGCGGCCUGACCAUACGUCACGAGAGCGAGGCCUCCGAGACCGAAACGGAAGAUGAUAGAAAGUGCCCCCGUCCGAAACAAAAGCACCAGCCUCGUAAAGCAGCAGCGACCAAGCUGGAUUCCCCACGAAAGCUGCCGCCGAAGAGCCACGAAACCUUCUACGACUGCGACAGCACCUUUGGCAACAAGCCCCCGGUGAGUCCGCAAAAGCCCGAGAACUCUUCGUACUAUAGAGGCUCCGUGUCGCCGCUGCACGAGGCCAAAGGCUUCCUGGGACUGCCGGAGAACUACAAGCCUCCCGAGGACCCGUAUAGGAACGAUGGCUUCUCUCCAUGGGUCGUCGACAGGAACUCCAACCAGCGGAGAGUUACGGAGCUCGUCGUGCCUGCUACUCUCGCGAAGCGGCUGGAAACCAACCUGCUGGUGACCGCUGAUAAAAACGCUGCCACUUCGCCAAGUCCAGGAUGGUUGCUUAACCAUCAGGAGACUUCCAAAGCCGCCGUAGCGAAUGGCGAAACCAGUCCGGCCAGGAAGAAAGAAGUUCACUGGAGUCGGCCACCUUCAACGCACUCCGGCUUCGACAGACCGGCGACGCUUGAGUUGCCACUACAGUCCCCGGCCAGAAACAACGGAUCAAACUCCCCGACGGGUGGAACGUCGCCGCUGCUGCCACCGAAAUCGCCUUCUCAUUCCUGGCUCUGGAAAGCUCUUCCGCAGUCUCCUUCGGUCGAGCAGAAGAACGCGAAAUGGGAAGCCACCGUCAAAUCACGCAAGCUGAGACCCGGUCACCUAAGAUACUCGGAAGAAAAUGCACUUCAACCCUGUGAGUACGAAGAACGAGUGCUCGUAGACACUUGAAGAAUUAUAGCCUUCCUUGCGCGAGAAUACUUUUUCCUGCGCAUAUAUAUCGUAGCCUUUUAUUCAGUGCCAAUAACGAGUCUGCAUAGUUUCACGUGA